AAAAUAAGAUAACAAUCGAAAAAAGGGUUUUAUCAAAAUAGUAUAAUCAGAGAGAGUUUUUCUCUGGUAUGAUUAUCAAGAAUGAUUCAUAUACUCAACAGCAGUCGGCAAGUUAGCAGCGACUUGGCAGCGACUAUCGUUGGCAUUGCCGUAUACUUCAUGAUUACUAAACUAAUUUAUAUAUAUGUAAUAGCAGUCAAUUGUUCAAAUUUAAUAAGGAAAUAAAUAAGUCGAAUAAAGAAGAAUGACUUCUGUCACUGAAGUUAAUUCGUUAACAAAAACGAAAAAACCAUCAGAUAGCGCGUUUAAACAACAACGUCUACCUGCUUGGCAACCAAUACUUACUGCUGGCACUGUUCUGCCAACGUUCUUUGUAAUCGGAAUCGCUUUUAUACCAGUUGGAGUUGGAUUGCUCUACUUCUCAGAUCAAGUUAAAGAAUUCAUUCUUGAUUACACCGACUGCAAUUCUACAAAUAUCCACCGCCCGAAUGGGAUAAGAUGCGCAGAAGUUAUAGCAGCUAAUCCCACAGACUUUUGUACUUGCGACAUAAAUUUCACGUUGCCUUACGAUUUUAAUGGGAAGAUUUACAUGUACUACGGUCUAACUAAUUUCUAUCAGAACCACAGACGAUACGUGAAAUCAAGAGAUGAUAAUCAACUGUUAGGCAAGCUGAGUGAAACCGUCUCCGGAGAUUGCGAGCCGUUUGCUCGUGAUGACGACAAUAAACCAAUCGUACCCUGCGGUGCUAUUGCUAAUUCGUUAUUUAGCGAUUCACUGGAAUUAUAUUCCGAGAAGCACAAUGGAUCUGUACCAUUGUUGAAAACUGGUAUAGCCUGGCCUUCGGAUAAGAAUAUUAAGUUUAGAAAUCCCGAGGGCGAUUUAACAAAAGUAUUUAAUAAGAGUAAUUACGCGAAGCCAAAGAACUGGACUAAAUAUAUUUACGAAUUAGAUGAUGAUCCUAGCCACAAUAAUAACGCGUUUCAAAAUGAAGAUUUGAUCGUAUGGAUGAGAACUGCUGCAUUGCCUAAUUUUAGAAAACUCUAUCGUAGAAUUGAUCAUACAAAACGUGGCUUUACCGAUGGUCUACUAGCAGGGCACUAUACCCUUCACCUUAAUUAUUCAUAUCCCGUGUCUGCCUUUGAUGGCAGAAAGAAGAUGAUCCUGAGUACUACCUCCCUCCUCGGUGGAAAGAAUCCUUUUCUUGGUAUCGCUUACAUAGUUGUUGGAUGCAUUUGUUUACUGUUAGGCGUCACACUACUCAUAAUACAUAUCAAAUGCUCCAAAAGCAAACUAAUGUAAGAUGACUGCAACAAAGUAUGCUUAGGGCACCGUAAUUGUUCUUCGCAACAGAGAUGAUCAACGUGACUCCGAACACGCCAUACCAAGAAUAAUUACAAAAUACAGUUGUUGCAUAAAAGUCGAAGAACGUUCUGGACAUUCUGCAUUUAAUUUGUAAGUGAUAAUCGUUAAACAAUUUGGCAAUUGAUGAAACGGAUACUUAAAAUAAUUCUUGAUUCAGUUUGUGUUUUAGAGAAGAAUGGUAACGGUCGUUAAAACUAAUAGAACAAAACUUUCAUCUAUUCUAGUUGAUACUUCAAUCAUUUUUCUUGUCAUUCUUGUAUUAAUUGUUAUUCUAUGCAUAAAGUAUUCGAAUUUCUUAUUGUUAUAUAAAUAUAUAUAUAUAUAUAUAUAUAUAUGUAGAGAAUAUAAAAUGUGCAAACACAAUAUAACAUUUAUGCACAAUUGUGUUGCAAAAGGAUGUAUCAGUGAUGAACUGAUUUUUAAUUAAGAACAUAGCUACUUAUAUAUUUUAUAUGUACAUGUGUUAAGAUACUCGAAAUAAAACGAGACGAAGCUAUAAUGAGACACCUACACGUAGCAAUCUAACUAUAAUUUUGAUCAGUUCAACGAAUAAAAAAUGUUAUUAAUAGUUUUUAUGUGAAUCAAAUUUUUGUGUAUCUUAAUACAUUAUUAAAUGUUAUUUUAUGUGUAACAUACUUGACGAACUAAGUAUUUUUAGUUUUACUCUAGUCAGUCACGAAUGUAUAAAUAAUGAAAAUAAAAGAAUCACAGUAUUUAUAUUCACGUA